AUGGCCGCUCAACGAGGUGGAGGCGCUUCCGGCAACAAGUACCGCAUGACCCUGGGUCUGCCCACCGGCGCCGUGCUCAACUGCGCGGACAACAGCGGAGCCAAGUCGCUCUUCGUCAUUGAGCCGUUCGGGACUGGCGCGCACUUGAACAGGUUGCCCGAUGCUGGUGUUGGCGACAUGGUUGUCGCGUCUGUGAAGAAGGGAAAGCCUGAGCUCAGGAAAAAGACCAUGCCCGCCGUCGUCGUCCGCCAACGCAAGGCCUGGCGCCGGCGAGAUGGCGUCUUCCUCUACUUCGAGGACAACGCCGGUGUCAUCGUUAACCCCAAGGGUGAAAUGAAAGGAUCUGCUAUCACCGGGCCUGUGGCGAAGGAAUGCGCCGACCUGUGGCCGCGUAUUGCAUCAAACGCGGGCACAGUCGUAUAA